GGCGUGGGCUCCACAAGUCCCCGCUCGCACAUGCGCUGUAGCGACUGCUCGGCCGACGCGCCUCGUUAAGUUCUCUUGACGUCAACGCGAGUUCGCUAUUCCAGUUUCGCAGAACAUAAAAAUGGUAACAGAAAGUGAUUCAGUCGUGUAAAAGAUACCGAGGCGAGCUGACGGUCGGCAGGCUCCUGUGAGGAGCGGCGUGAAUUGCGCGCGUGUUGUGACUGUCAUAGAGAACCCACGUGCGUCGCGGUUGCCGGUGCUCGGACGCGAUUGAUUUUUUUGCGGAAUGGGUGAAGAAUCUCAAGCCGGCGACGGGAAAGUGGUUUUGAAACGUAAAAUAACACUGUUCAAUGGAGUGGGCAUUAUAAUCGGGACUAUUAUAGGCUCCGGAAUCUUUAUAUCUCCAACUGGAGUAUUUAAAUACACUGGAUCUGUCGCGGCAUCUCUAAUAAUAUGGCUGGUGUGUGGUCUGCUCUCGACCCUGGGCGCGUUAUGCUACGCGGAGCUGGGUACCUCCAUCACCAGGUCUGGCGGUGACUAUGCGUAUAUCUACACGGCCUUUGGACCUCUACCAGCGUUUCUUCGCCUUUGGAUCGCACUGCUUAUCAUCAGACCCACCACACAGGCGAUAGUGGCCUUAACCUUCGGCCACUACGUCGUCAAGCCGUUCUUCCCAGAAUGCAAUCCUCCUCAGAACGCUGUCCGGUUGCUGGCUGCUGUUUGUUUGUGUGUGCUGACGGCAAUCAACUGCAUCAGCGUGCGGUGGACGAUGCGCAUCCAGGACGUGUUCACGUCAUCAAAACUGCUGGCGCUGAUUGUCAUCAUCAUUUCCGGGAUCUACUACAUCUUAAUUGGUCACACUGAGAACUUCAUGAACCCAUUCGAGGGCAAAUACUCGGCGGGCAACGUGGCGCUGGCCUUCUACUCGGGGCUUUUCGCCUUCGGAGGCUGGAAUUACCUCAACUUCGUCACUGAAGAGCUGCAGGACCCUUACAAGAACCUGCCGCGCGCGAUAUGGAUCGCCAUGCCGCUGGUGACCAUCAUCUACGUGAUGGCCAACCUGGCCUACUUCGCCGUCGUCUCUAAGAUGGAGCUCUCUACCAACCCUGCUGUAGCUGCAAUAUUUGGUGACCGUCUAUUCGGCAAUUGGAGCUGGUUGAUACCAGUAUUCGUGGCAUUGUCGACUUUUGGCGGGGUGAACGGAGUGUUGUUUACCUCGGCACGGCUCUUUGCCACCGGCGCUCAGGAAGGCCACAUGCCAGCCUUCUUCACCCUCUUCCACGUCACCAAGCAGACUCCUAUACCUUCGCUCCUGUUCACGUGUUUCUUCUCCCUGCUGAUGCUGACGACGAGCAACGUCUUCGACCUCAUCAACUACUUCUCGCAAACGUUGUGGCUGUCCGUGGGCGCCUCUGUGGUGGGCAUGCUGUGGCUGCGUCGAACCAAGCCUGACCUGCCCCGCCCUAUCAGAGUCAACCUCAUCAUCCCUUACCUCUUUCUCGUCGCAAUAGCCUGCCUCGUCAUCAUCCCCGCCAUAUACGAACCCAAAGCCACAGCAAUAGGUCUCGGUAUCUUGUUCUCUGGCGUCCCCGUCUACUACCUCUGCGUCAAGUGGCAAACCAAACCUGAGAGCUACCACACUCUCUCCGGGUGCAUCCUAAGGUUCCUACAAAAACUAUGCUCGUGUAUCUACGUCGACUCUUCUGAGAAACUUUCAAAUUGAAUAUUCGAUAUCGCAAGUUUCGUCAACAGUCUUGCAAUAUCAAGUAUUUGGUUGGUUGAAAACUAUCGAGGGAACCGAUUGGUUUAUUGAAGUUAUCGGUAUUAUUGACAACUGAAAAACGAAGUAGAACUACUCACUUAUACCGUCAUCACAUCAUCAUCAUGAUUGACUGACAGAUCAUUGUAAUAUUAGUAAAUUCGCCUAACGAUGUUUAACGCUGAGUUAAGAGGUAUAUAAAAAUAUCAUAGCAAACAUCACGCGUAUAGCAGCAGUGUACGGUCACGAGCAUCAAUAUGUAUACACUUUGGUAUCGUGUCACAUGACGUUUUUUGACAAAUUGCACUGUACCUAAGUCUCACUUAAUCUCAAAUAUAUUAGUGCGACAGAGCCCUAAAGUGGGUACAUUAUAUUGCUCAUGACUGUACAGGGUUUAGUUUCACUCCUCGCCAGCUGUGUUUUUUUUAAUAAUAUAGACUCAUGUUUGACCAUAAUCUCACCUGAUGGUAAGUGAUGAUGCUAGGGUGGAUCAUGCUUACCUAGCAAUUGUCUAUUCACUCUAGCUUUGAAGUCUCCUAAAUUAACGAGUUGGAAAAACUGACGACAGCAGACAGUUCCAGUCCUUUGCUGUUCGCAUCAAAAAAGAAGAGACGAAACGUUUAGUGCGGAUUGGUGGUAUAUCCACAACAUAAGGAUGUAAUACCCGCUGACGCGUUGUCCGUAGAUGGAAUGGAGUGGGUGUAAUUAACUUGUGAAGUUCUUGUGCACUCACCGAAGUGUAUCCUAUAAAAGACCGACAGACAAGCUACCCUUCGUCUGUGGUCUAGACUUUGGAAUCGAGUCUACACUAACGAGUCAUUGUCUAUGAGCUUUAUUGCUCGUCGCUCUAUCGAGUAGAGAGCGCCCAACUGAGAGCUGACAGAGCCUUGCCUUAGGUGGUGGUUAAGUUGUAUUUAUUUACAAAAAUAGUAUUUAUUAUGCAUACACCUCAUGCUUAUUGUAUGUUGAAACGUCGAAUAUUUAAUGGACCAAUAAAUAUAUACUUACUUAAUAUAUUAUGUGCUUUAAUGUAGGUACCUAUGUAGUAAAGCUGCUAGGCAUGUGACAUAGGCAUAAGGUGUUGAGGAUGCCACCGACCUUACGUUAGGUAGGAACUUUAAAUAAUCGUUCUUUCUAUUAUUUUUUUAAGAUGUAAAUAGCACAAAAUAAUUGAGGCGGUUUUUUUACCAUUUCUAUUUUAAGGGACGGACGUUUCACUAUAAUUAUGUAACAUUUAAACCAUCGUUACUUAGAACAUUUAAAUUCCAGCAAAGGUUUUGUUUUAAUAUUACACGAAUAACUUUGUAGUUAUAAAUACCUAUUAUAAUUUACAGUAUAUUAGCAAAUCUCGAAAAGUGUAAUUAUAUUUUAGGUAACUUUAAUUUUAUCACUUAUUCAGUAUUCUUAAGCGAUAUUAUGUUGAUGAUUCAAUAAUUAUGAUAUUGGAAGAUGUCUGUAUGUAUCUGUAUGAGUAAUAUAAUUAUAAUGUAGAAGGAUUGUAUAUUAUACUAAAAAGAAAUGUUACCCGUAUAUACUUGCUCUCUAAUAUCUACAUAUUUGUAGGUAACUUAUUUAUGCAACUAUUUACCUAAUAUUAAAUGAAAGUACCUAUAUUUAAAGUAAUGUAUACAUUCCUUUUAAAUUGUUAAACAUUAUACACGUUUACACAAAAAGUCGAGAGUUAUUUUAGAUUUGCAGCAAACAUUUUUUAUGAAUUUAUACACUUUUAUAUUUUUUUAUGUAUGGUUUUAAACGAUUUACUGUAAUAUCAUUGUAUUCAAAAUAUAUUUACUGGACCAAAAUACAUUUUAAAAUGUUAUUUACUUAUAAGGCAACUGAUAAACAAACAUAAUGAAUGUACCUAGUAGAAUAUUAGCAUGGCUGGGUACCGUUAACCAACUAGUUAAUUAACUUCAUUAAUCGUUUAUCCAUUGAUUAAAAAAAAAUACAUAAAAUAAAAAAGUUAAAUUAUCAUUUCGGAAGUAAACAGUUAACGCAAGUAGUUUCAAAUGUGUCGAUGCAAUAGUUAUAAAAAGUUGGCAGUUAUGGCAACAUAUAAAAAAAUAUUAAAGACAAAUCCAUUAGAGUGUACGUAUUAUACCUAAUAUUAAUGUAGAGAUCAAAAUAUAGUCAACACUUCAUCAUCAGAUUUUUACAAGACUUGGCAUUGCAAGGUAAAUCUUUGGACAAAUAGAUGGUAAUGAAGGAUUUUCCAGGCUUUAUUCCCCAAAAACUAUAUAGAUGGCGCUGUACAGAAUUACCUAUUUUCUUACUAUUCUUGUACAUUACAAAAUAUAGAAGCUUACCUAUAUAAAAAUAAUGUUGCUUGAUAUUUGGAUGACAUUAUGUAUAUAAUUCUGUUGUUAUCUACAUAUAUUGUAUUUUGAUCAGAAUAAUACUUAAUGGGUGAAAGAUGUGUUGCACCUAGGUGUAAUAAUAAGGGUCAUAAUUUAUUCCCAAAAAGGCACGUAAACAGAGACAAAUCUGUACAGCGCCAUCUAUAGUAUUUUUAAUGAACGUAGCCUAGAAAGUUCCUCAUUUUCAACUUUAAGGUGAAUGCGAUACUAAUUACGUUAAUUAACGGUUAAAGAUCUUAUGCCCAGCUAUGAAUAUCAGCAGUAAUGGAAUAAAAAGUGCAAAAUGUUCUUUCAACAAUAAAAAUGUUGAUAAGUA